GAAGGUGCAGAACCCGGGGAGGGGAGGAAGCUGAUCGGAGAUAGAGGGAGCCUGCACACAGAAGACAGGGACAGAGGCCUGGAUGUGUCUUUCCUUGAUGGCCUUUCUUGUGGCUCACCCUAACUGGCUUGUGUGCUUGUUAAGAACAUUAUGCGUUUGAAACUGCUCUUACCUAAGUCAGUUUUUCCGAGACCCUCUUGUUACAGGCUUGGUUUCACCUUACACCUGCUGUGGGCCACUUUCAGUUGGAGGAGAGGCCACAUCCACUUUCCUGUAGGCCUCUGGUUAGAAGCAUGCAUGGCUGGCUGCUCCUGGUCUGGGUCCAGGGGCUGAUACAGGCUGCCUUCUUUGCUGCAGGAGCCACAGCAGGCACAACGAUAGAGACAAAGGGGAACAUCUCUGCAGAGGAAGGUGGCUCGGUCAUCUUACAGUGUCACUUCUCCUCUGACACAGCUGAAGUGACCCAAGUCAACUGGGAGCAGUGGGACCAGCUUCUGGCCAUUUAUAAUGUUGACCUGGGGUGGUAUGUCCCUCCGGUCUUCAGUGAGCGGGUGGUCCCAGGCCCCAGGCUGGGCCUCACCUUCCAGGCGCUGACAAGGAAUGACACAGGAGAGUACUUCUGCACCUAUCAUACCUAUCCUGAUGGGAUUUACAAGGGGAGAAUAUUCCUGAAGGUCCAAGAAGGCUCAGUGGCUCCGUUCCAGAUUGCCUCUCUUGGAGGAGCCAUGGCCGCUGUGCUGGGACUCAUUUGCUUACUGGUCACAGGGUUGACUGUCCUGGCUAGAAAGAAGUCUUUUAGAAUGCAAUCUAUCGAAAGCGGCCAUGGGAGAAUGGAAGCUGCGUCACAGGAAUGGAGCCUGAGGAUUCUCGAAUCCCCUGGAGGCCCUGUCCAGACACAAGCUGCCCCUGCUGGCCUCUGUGGAGAGCAGGCAGAAGAUGGCUAUGCCGACCCACAGGACUACUUUAAUGUCCUGGGCUACAGAAGCCUGGAGAGCUUCAUUGCUCUGUCGAAGUCUGGCUAAGGACAGUUCUCUCUCCCUCUCCCUCUUUCUCUCUCUCUCUCUCUCUCUCUCUCUCUCUCUCUCUGUGUGUGUGUGUGUGUGUGUGUGUGUGUGUGAAUGAAAGGCACCUUCUUCUCAGCCUUCAUUUCUUCUACCCUCCUCUUCUGUUUCUCUGUGACAGAUCCAAGGUAAAUGGUUUUGAGUAUAAAUGAGAUUUUUAACAUUGAUGUUUAUUUUAUGUGUAUGAGUGUUUGUCCUGCAUGUACAUGUGCCAUGUGUGGAUGGUGUUUGCAGAGGU